AUGUCUUCAACGACCACUUCCGCGAAUACAGCUGCUCCUCCAGGCCGCCCCAAUCCUAGCUCUGUGGCCGAGCACCUACAGGGAUCGUCACAGUCAUGGCACGGCCAGAUAACUCCAGAUGGGCCCUUCCCUCCGCAGCAGGGCCGCUACCACAUGUACAUCGGACUAUUCUGCCCAUUCGCGCACAGAGCAAAUCUCGUGCGCCACCUCAAGGGCCUCACCGACCUCAUAGAAAUCUCCAUCGUGAAACCUUACCCCAAGGGCGACGAGCAUGGAUGGCCCGGAUGGCAGUUCCCCAAAUCCGACGACGAGUACCCCAACGCCACGGUCGACAGGUUGUUCGGAAGCCAAUAUCUGCACGAGGUCUACUUCAAGGCGGAUCCGGGGUACAAAGGACGGUAUUCCGUCCCGGUCCUCUGGGACAAGGAGACCGGCACUAUCGUGAACAAUGAGAGCCCGGAGUUGAUGAGGAAUCUGCAGGUGGCCUUCAACUCUCUUCUACAGGAGGAAUAUGCCGGCGUCACGCUGUACCCGGAGCAUCUUCGCGGCAAGAUCGACGAGGUGAGUGAUUGGAUGCAGAGGGACUUGAAUACUGGCGUGUACAAGGCCGGAUUCGCACCGAACCAAGACGAGUACGACAAGCAUGUCCCCGUGGUGUUUGCGGCAUUGAACAAAUUGGAGAAGAUGGUCGCGCAGAAUGGCGGACCAUACAUCCUGGGCAAAGACUUAACCGAGUUGGAUAUUAGGGCAUACGCCACGAUCGUGCGCUUUGACACCGUGUACGUGCAGCAUUUCAAAUGUAACCUGGGUACGAUCCGGCACGAUUACCCACAGCUGAACAAUUGGUUGAAGAAUCUGUACUGGAACGUCAAGGGAUUCAGGGAGACGACAGACUUUAAGCAUAUCAAGGAAAACUAUACCAAGAGCCACUGGGAUAUCAACCCCAAGGCCAUCACGCCCAUGGGUCCGUAUCCUGAUGUCGAAGAGGGGUUCGAGCGGGAUUUUAGCAAGGUCAGGGUUGGGGGUGUGUCCAUGCCCAACGUGGUGAAGCUGGAAAAGCAAUUGCCGGGAUGA